AUGGACGAGAGUGACGAGAGUACUCCAUUCUACAUCCAUUCCAAUGGCUCAAGCUCAUCUAGUACUCAAGUUCUACAACCAAAUAACAUAUCAUCACAAGUAUCGAGUGUGGGAUUUAAUAACCUUAAAAAGUUGAAUACUAAUUCCUCACUGAUUUCCACCAUUAGUUCAAGUACCACGAAGAAUAAUGCAUUGACAAGACUAUUUACUAAGAAUAGAUCUAAUACAAAUCUAGCACCACAGCCGAUUGAGUUCUCCGAAGCUGAUGUUACUGGUCAUGACAGUGACGAUGAUUUGUCAACUCUAACCUCGCUUGAAAUAAGGAGAACACCUUCAUCACUCUUCAAACUUCCAAAGAAUAAACUAAAAUUUGCAACAAAGCCCAAUUUGAAUAAACCAGACUUAACAAUACAGACGGCAGGUCAUCAUGGCUUGAAGGUUUCAAAAAAGAUCCUUAGUUCAGGUCUGUUUGACGAUGCUCCUAAAUCUUUGAGAAAAGCCUCUGUCACAUCACCAGCAUCUACUUUUCAUAACCUUUUCCACAGGUCUAAUCAAGGCUUUAUUGAUGGUCAAAUUACUUCAUCAUCAAAAGAAGAAUCUCCUACACAACUGAAGUUGAAUAUCAAUCCCUCCAGAACUACUAUUUCACUAUCUUCAAACAGAUCAAACUCUUACGUUUCUGACAAGAAUUUUGCAAAAAUAUACAACUUCACUGAUCCUGAUUUUUCAGCUGAGAGUUCAGAUAGUGCUACUGAACAUAGUUCAUUUCAUGAUAUUCAUAAGAAAUUGAUGUUGCCUACGGAUCAAUUUAUCCUGAAUAUGACUCACAAACAUAAUGCCCAAGAGAUGGGGUUAGGUAUAGUUACUGAUUUUGAUUACAAGAACGAAUCCUACAAUAAGUAUAUUUUAGAAUUUAGCAAAACGAAUGCCAAGUUUUUCAAUAGUCUUUUGAAUCUUUCAAAACCUUUGUUCACUCCAACUCAACAAAAGAAGUUAAGUAAUGGAUCAACUUACUCCAAUUUAGGAUUUUCAGUGGAAGAUAUAUCAAAUUUCAUCAAAGAUAAUUACCAUUCAGAUAUGAGCCAAGAAAACCAGUCAACCAAAUAUGCAAAUCGAAAGAAACAGAGUAAAAUCCCUAAGUCAAAUUCCUCCACUUCAUUUUCAUUGGAUAUAGACGUUGCAGAGCCUUUUGAUGAAUUUGCAAUAAGAGAAAUUUCACUGGAUUUGUUGACAUUCUUCACCAAGGCGAUGAUAAUAUUUCAAAGAGACUCAGUUAACUACGAUUUUCCAGGUGAUAUUCUAAAAAGUGAAAUAGUACCAGCUAAGUCAGAAGCAACCAAAUCCCUUAUCAAAUCUUGGCUUCGCAUAUGCCAGCAAUGGGACUUUUUCAAUCAACGGAUUAGAUAUCAUUUGAUAAGUAUAUUUCAUCCCUUACAAAUAAGUUUUCGAGAAUUAUCUACACAGCGGCUAACAACAGAAACUACAAAUAUCGAAAUUGAGAAUUCUCUAUUAUUAGCAUUUAGAGAUGUCAUAGUUGUUCCAUUUUUGAUUCAUAGGAAACGCCAACAUGAAGAAUUUAACUCUAAUGAAAUCAAUUUCGUUAAGGGAGAGGAAAAUAAAAUUAUAAAGGAAGAAAUAAGCAUUUUGCUAAAGAAUACAAGACUCUUACGAAAAUUAAAAAGUUGUCUAGGGAUUCUCAUGUCGAAUACACAUUAUGAAACAGGAAAUGUGGACGGAGAACAGCAUAUUCGAAAUGAAGUCUUUUUCAACGCUUAUGUAUGGUUAUCUAGUUUAAAUUAA